UAUUUGGCCCUUUUUGUUACACAUUUGCAGCUGUUCCGUCACCAAAUCAUCUGCUGAACCAAAAAUGGCAGAAACUUCACAUCUUUCUUCAAUGGCGAUGCUUUUUAUUUCAUUCUUUGUUGUAUUGAUGGGAAAUGCAGAAGGGGAAACUAGGCACUAUACAUUCAAUAUUCGAUAUCAUAAUGUUACGAGACUGUGUCAUACGAGGACCAUUCUGAGUGUGAACCGACGAUACCCAGGGCCACCAUUAGUGGCUCGAGAAGGUGAUCGAGUCAUUGUUAAAGUGGUUAACCAUGUUGCAAACAAUGUUAGCAUUCAUUGGCAUGGAAUUCGACAACUUACGACAGGAUGGUCAGAUGGACCUUCAUACGUAACACAAUGUCCAAUUCAAACAAAUCAAUCAUACAUAUACAAUUUCACAAUCACAGGACAAAGAGGAACCCUCUUAUGGCAUGCUCACAUUUCAUGGUUAAGAGCAACAAUCCAUGGACCUAUUAUCAUCCUCCCAAAGCUUAAUCAAUCUUACCCAUUUCAAAAGCCCCACAAAGAAGUCACCAUCAUACUAGGAGAGUGGUUCAAUGAAGACCCGGAAGCCAUAAUUAGCCAAGCACUCAGAACAGGAGGUGGACCCAAUGUUUCAGAUGCUUAUACUAUCAAUGGCCUUCCUGGGCUACUCUACAAUUGUUCUUCUAAAGAUACAUACAAGCUAAAAGUGAAGCCAGGGAAAACAUAUCUCUUACGACUAAUCAACGCUGCACUCAACGACGAGCUCUUCUUCACCAUAGCCAACCACACAUUAACGGUAGUCGAAGGCGACGCGAUAUACACAAAACCGUUCGACACCGAUAAACUCCUAAUCACCCCGGGCCAAACCACAAACGUUCUAUUAAAAACCAAACCUGAAUACCCCAAUGCCACAUUCCUCAUAGCCGCUAGACCAUACUCCACCGGUCAAGGCACAUUUGAUAACUCCACCACUAUGGGCGUCCUUGAAUAUGAACACCCAUUUAAAAAACCAUCCAAAAACCCCACUUUAAUUCAACCAAAUCUCCCACAAAUUAACGACACACAAUUUGUUUCAAAUUUCACAAUGAAAUUUCGUAGCUUAGCCAAUGACGAAUUCCCUGCAAACGUACCUAAAACAGUGGACAAGAGGUUUUUUUUCACUGUUGGACUUGGGACAAGUCCUUGUCCUAAGAACACAACUUGUCAAGGUCCUACCAAUUCAACUAAGUUUGCAGCUUCGGUUAACAACGUGUCGUUUACGUUACCAUCGGUGGCAAUUCUUCAAGCUUAUUAUUUUGGACAAUCGAAUGGUGUUUACACGACGGAUUUUCCAGUGGAACCGAUGGUUCGGUUUAAUUAUACAGGGAUUGCACCGAAUAAUACGAAUGUGAUGAAUGGGACUCGUACGGUGGUGUUGCCAUUUAAUACGAGUGUAGAGCUAGUGAUGCAGGAUACAAGCAUUCUUGGUGCUGAGAGUCAUCCAUUGCAUCUUCAUGGUUUCAAUUUCUUUGUUGUUGGACAAGGGUUUGGGAACUUUGAUCCGGUUAAGGAUCCGGCCAAGUUCAAUCUUGUCGACCCGAUGGAACGGAAUACGGCCGGUGUGCCUGCCGGUGGUUGGAUAGCCAUUCGGUUCUUAGCAGACAACCCAGGGGUGUGGUUCAUGCACUGUCACUUAGAUGUUCAUACAAGCUGGGGACUGAAAAUGGCAUGGCUAGUCUUGGACGGUCCGGAACCGAAUCAGAAGCUGCAACCACCACCGUCCGAUCUUCCACAGUGUUGAUAUCGGGUAACCGUUGCUGAUCUUCCGCAACAUUGAUUCCGCGCUACCAUUACCGUUCCGAAUCGCUCUAUAGCUAUACAAAGUAACCAUGUCAUUCCCUUUUUGGUCAUCGUUUUUGAGUCUUAUCAAUUAUGAGUCGCCUACAUUUCUUCAUUGUAACUUUAAUUUCAUGCCAUUGUAGCAUUAAGUCUAUCGAUUAGGUUGUUUUGUUAUGUUUUGAGGGCAUAAAACAGUGGUUGAGGUGUAAACACCUGAUGGAUUUAUCUUUGGUUUAAUUUUAAUAAUGUUUUGUUUGUAAUAAUCAAGUUUAAGCUGUUAUCAUUAGUUGUUUGCUGCAAAUAAAAGUUACGUAAUUUCUUGCUCCUAAA